CGCUAACGUGGGAUCAUCUUCCCACCCUCGCUCUCUCCAUCAUCUUCCGCAAGUCCUCCAUUGAAGAUCGCCUCCUCAACCUUCAAUUCGUCUGCAAAUCAUGGGCCCACGCCUCUCGCGAUCCCCAUUGCUGGACCUCCAUGAUCGCCGACGCCAACCCCUUCUCCGCCGACGACGCAUUCGUCAAAGCCUCCUUCCCCUACCGCUCUGUCUUUCCCGAUCCCUUCCGCGGCAGACGCACCUGCGGCGUCCACCGCCUUCAAAUGCUCCUCCAAAGAGCAGGCGGCGGAGAUGCCAUCUCCUCCCUCUUCCUCUCCCCCUUCCUCACUUCCCCGGACGGCCCUCUAAACGACGACGCCGUUCUGAAUCUCAUCGCCCUCCGCUGCCCCAACCUGAGGCACCUGUCUCUCCAUGGAUCCUACAAUGGGAGCCAAGGAGCGAUGCUGGAGGUGAUAGGGAGGUGUGGGAAGUUAGAGAUUAUUGACUUCUCGGAUUCGCCAUACUUCAGGCCUGCAAUUCUGCAGGAGGUGGGACGAUGCUGCCCUAACAUAAAGGGGAUCAGAAGAAACGGGGGAGUCUAUCACCAUUUCUCAUCCCACCUCGUCCAUCUGCUGAACUUGAGCCUGAUAAACCUCUCGGGUUCGACGGUCUGGGACGCAGACCUGUUGAACAUACUGUGCUUGAAGAAGGUCCAAUACUUGGACAUCACCCGCUGCCAGAACUUGGUCAAGUACAUGGACCUCAUAAAGACAGCUUGCGGUCGGAUUCCUCAUAUCUGCUAUGACUGAGACUGACUAUGGAGGUUCGUUCGAUCGGUGCUAGCUAGCUAGCUGCUCCACCUGGUUUGUCUUCUUAUAUUCAUUACUAUUAUGUUAAUGUAAUCUUCUUUCUUUUCUGAUGCUGUUGUUGUUGAGAAUGUGACAUCUUUAUAUCAUU